AUGUAUAGUAACCGGACACCACCUCUAUCCCCCCUUUUGCAUCUAGUUGGAGCUGUGAAGAAGGGGAAGAGUCGAGUGUUGUAUGGAGUAUCAGAGACAUUCCCCGUUGUGGCUGUAGUGGGACUGGGUCCAGCUGAGAAGACAGUAGAUGUGCUUGAGGAGCGAGAUGAAGCUAAAGAAGCAGUGCGCACAGCUGUGGCAGCUGGAUGUCGAUCCCUGGAGGAAGCAGGAAUGAGCCGCAUUCAGGUAGACCCAUGUGGAGAUGCAGAAGCUGCAGCAGAAGGUGCUCACCUUGCAACUUUCAAAUACCAGGAGCUGAAGGCAAAGAAGAAACCAGUGCCAACACUUGAGUGCUUGGUCAAAGAUAAUGAGAGGUCAACAUUUGGCAAUAUUGUUAGUGUUAGUGAAGACAAACAUGAAUUUAAUUUGGGGCUGGAUAGAGGUGCAGUCCUUGCAGAGGGCCAGAAUGUUGCUAGGAGACUAAUGGAGACUCCAGCAAACAUUCUCACUCCCACAAACUUUGCACAGGAGGCAGUCAACAACCUGGAAGGCCUUGGAGUGGAGGUGCUGGUGCGAGGCUAUGAGUGGGCUAAGGAGCGAAACAUGAAUGCUUUCCUCUCAGUCACACGGGGUUCAGUGGAACCUCCAGUCUUCCUGGAGCUGACCUACCGUGGUGCAGACUAUUCAGAAAAACCAUUAGCUAUUGUAGGCAAAGGUGUAACAUUUGAUACCGGAGGAAUAUCUCUAAAGCCGUCAGCAAACAUGGACAAAAUGCGGGCUGAUAUGGGAGGAGCUGCAUGCACUAUUGGCUCCUUACUGGUGGCUGCCUCUUUGCGGCUCCCAAUCAACAUAAAAGGGUUCAUUCCUCUUUGUGAGAACAUGCCAGGAAGCUCUGCAACAAAGCCUGGAGAUGUUGUUGUCGCCUCAAAUGGGAAGUCCAUCCAGAUUGACAAUACAGAUGCAGAGGGACGACUAAUUCUUGCAGAUGCUCUUCACUAUGCCUCACAGCACAAACCACGGGCAAUGAUUGACAUGGCAACGCUGACAGGUGCAAUGGCAGUUGCCCUCGGUGCAGGAGCUGCUGGUGUGUUCAGCAACAGCAGUAUUCUCUGGCAACUGAUGCACAGAGCAGGUGCUACCACAGGAGACCGUGUGUGGAGGAUGCCCCUGUGGAAACACUACUCCAGCCAAGUCACAGACUUUGGCUUGGCUGAUGUCCAUAACCUGGGCAAGUACUCAAGGGAUGGGGGCUCUUGCACAGCAGCAUCAUUUCUGCAGGAGUUUGUGACCUGCGACCACUGGAUGCACCUUGACAUUGCAGGGGUCAUGGAGAACAAGGACGAAGUUCCAUAUCUCGGGAAAGGCAUGAGUGGGCGACCCACAAGAACAGUGGCUCACUUUGCUGAGCUUUUAGCUCUUGGGGAAGGGGGAAUAUAAUGAAGUCUAGGUUUCCUGUAUCAUUACAUGGAGAGUUUGUGACCUGCGACCACUGGAUGCACCUUGACAUUGCAGGGGUCAUGGAGAACAAGGACGAAGUUCCAUAUCUCGGGAAAGGCAUGAGUGGGCGACCCACAAGAACAGUGGCUCACUUUGCUGAGCUUUUAGCUCUUGGGGAAGGGGGAAUAUAAUGAAGUCUAGGUUUCCUGUAUCAUUACAUGGAGUAAGUUUCAGAAAGUAAUAAAUGGUUAUGUGUCCUAAACAGGCGAGAAUAUCAUCAUAUUUAACAGGAUUCAGAAAGUAAUAAAAAAAAAAAAAAAACUGUUAAACAUUGUUGUGUGCCCCAUGCAACUGAGACACUUUCAUUGAUUGAGUUGAUUGGCUAGUCAUGGACAAAACAAAGAACCUAAUUAACUACAACAGUAUUUGUAUAUAUGUACAAAAAUGCUUGCAAAGCCAAUUAAAAGAGCAUUUUGUAUACACAGGAUAUACAGAAUGUUCAAUAAAGAAUUCUUUCUAAUUCAUGAUUAUUAAAUGUAACCUUUAAAUUAAGGGCUCCAUCUAAA